AACAACAUCACCACUUGUUUGUCGUCUCAUCUGAACCUCCCACGUUCACCACUACCCACGCCGCCUCGGACAGACAACCACCAGUAUUCACUUCCCACGCUGCCCAUUCAUUUACCCUGCCUCUAAUAGCAUCCCCACAACAUUCUAUCCAUCUGUGAACAGCCAUGAGUUGGACCGGCUUCAAGAAGGGCGUGAACCGCGCCACCACCCAGGUUCUCAUGAAAACGGGUCAAGUCGAACGAACCAACGAUCGAGACUUUGAGACCGAGCUCAGACGAUACCGCACCAUGGAGGCCGCCGCCAACAAGCUGCAAAAAGAAGCAAAAGGUUACCUCGACUCCCUCCGCGCCAUGACGGCCUCCCAGAUGCGCAUCGCCGAAACCAUCGACGCCUUCUAUGGCGAUGCGGGCACCAAGGACGGCGUCUCGCGCUCCUACAAGCAAGCCGUGACGGAUCUGGACGCCGAAACCAUCAAAGCGCUCGACGGGCCCUACCGCACCACCGUACUCGACCCCAUCCAGCGCUUCUGCUCCUACUUCCCCGACAUCAACGCCUGCAUCACGAAGCGAGAACACAAGCAGAUGGACUACGACCGCAUGCGAGCCCAAGUCAAGAAGCUGACGGACAAGCCCGAUAAGGACGUCACGAAGCUCCCGCGGGCGGAGAAGGAUGAGCAGUUGGCAAAGGCGGCGUAUGACCAGCUGAACGAAACGCUCACGACCGAGCUGCCGCAAUUGAUCGAUUUGCGUGUGCCCUAUCUGGAUCCGAGUUUUGAAGCCCUGGUCAAGAUUCAGCUGAGGUUCUGUGCAGAGGCAUAUAGCAGGAUGGCGCAGGUGCAGCAAUAUCUGGAUGCGAAUACGAGAGACCAAUAUGCGCAAGGAGAGCUGGACGCCCGCGUGGAAGAGGUCCUGCAGGAGAUCAGAGAUUUGAGUAUAGCAGGGACCGUUUAGUUUUGGCAUUGGAUUGGUAUGGUUUCGGGAGGGGCGUGUUGUAGCUAACCAUUUCCUGUCGCAUCCCCCCACUCCCAGGUUACAGACAUGGGGAAAGUAAGAUGAUCGCUGGAGUAUCUUUUCACGCAUACAACGCCAGCAUCUACAGCUAUGUUUUGGGAAGCAGCACAAUUGAAUCAUGGUUGAUGUAUUGAAUCCAGACCCAUAUAGGAGACGGACGCCUCAAAAUGGGCGCCUCCGAGGAACGACGCCAAUAUAUGUCCCCCGGGC